AAGAUAAAAUAUUAGACCGAAUAUUUUCAUUAAUCCAUCACCUACCAGAUGAUAUCAACACAGUACAAAAUCGAAUCAAAAGACAGCAACAGCAAAUGAAAGAAAGACAUGACUCAAAAUUACAAAGAAUUACACAAUUUGAAAUUGGUGAUAGAGUUCUAGUGUACAAUAUGAAACAACAUGUUACUCACGGAAAUAAAUUUCAGUCACAAUGGAGUACAGAAUGGUUCUACAUUCAUGAAACUCUUGGCAAUGGAGCUUACAAAUUGCGAAACCAACAUGACCAACUAUUACGCAAAACUUUUAAUG